UAGUUAACCAAGGGUUGCGAACCAUUACACCACUAACCAUACAACAUAUAGACUGGUCAUUUCAUACGACGCAUUUGGACACAAAAAAACGGACCGCGGAAGGUCCACCGUUCUCACAGCAGCAAGUCCAUGCACUUCGUGUGCGUGCGUUAUUUUUGUUACGCAGACCUAAUUAUAUAAAUUUGUUAAUCUCCCACGUAUAAACCUAUUUAUCUGCCCGUACUUGAAUACAUUAAAAGCGUGAUAUCCAUAGAUCAGCAAUCAGCCUAAUUGUAACAGAAAACUGAGGGGAGAAAAUGUGAAAAAAAAAAUGGAAAUUCAGCAAGCAGCGAGGAGGAUGUGACGAUCGUGUGUUUGCCUACCCGCUCACUAAUUAGAUUAGAUUAGGCAAAGUAUAUUAGUUUCCUCUGAUGUUUUCUGAAGGCCAGGGGAGCUCGUCGAUUCUUUGUUUGUGAUAUAAAUUUACUCGGAGAGCUUUGCUUGUCGGUCGGAGGUUGGCAUUUUAAACAGAGACUAGGCCACACCUCGUCGGAGAUCAGUCGGAAUUUUGGGUGGUGCCUUGUUUUGCGGAUCUCAGCUGUGUCAAUUUCAGGCCUCCACCUCAAACACACCAAUCAUGCAGAAGCCACAACAUGGAAUGUGCUGGAUGUUGCUCCUUUUUGGAUCGCUGAUCGCUACUUUUAUGCUUGCUUUCAGCUACUGGAUGUUUGUGCCCCGCGAAUUGCAAAUUUGGUCCAUUAUUUCGAGGAACUACAACAAUUCGGGAAUCAAGUUUUCCUUUCCGCCGUCUUCUGUGCCCGAGGAACUCAAGCUCAGGCAAGGACCCCCGUUCGUCUACCAGAUAUUACAUUGAAUGGAUUAUUAUACAGUGUGUAUUAUGCUAUGUAAUCUUAGGCUAGUUUAACAAU